UGCAAUGGCCGCCAUCUUCGAGUCUUGUGAAUGUUUUGGUCGUAGUUUCGGACUUUGAGGCCUAUUUCAUAUGUGCUAUGCAAUUAUUUAAUAGAAAUCGUUUCGCUACGUCCCAGGUGUUGUUAAUUUGAUUGUGAACAGUCACAUGAAAUAAGUUUGGAGGCCCAGGGCACUCCAAGGCGUCAUCUCGGGCUUGACCCAAGAUGAUAAUAUUUACAGCAUGUCAGCCACAUCAGAAUACGAACCAGCGGCCCGGCAAGAUUACGGGCCGGCCACCUCCAGUGAAAAUAUUUAUGAACAUGUAUUGGAUCAUAAAUUAACAGAGACUACUAUGAGUGUACCAAGUGUACGAACCCCUGUGCUUAGGGCGACGCCUCUCUCCCCUACCGAGGGGGAUCCUGAACCUGAUUCCACAAAUCCUGAAAGCAUUAUCCAAUCUAUUCAUAACAAAGCAGAUAAAGCAGUAGAAUAUCAUAUUAGUGAUAAGAAGUGUGACACCGUGAUCCCUAUAGACUCUCUUUCUGGAAUGGUGCAUAUUGAGGAGGCUACUAUGGACAAUGUGGCUCGAAUAGCCUAUCCCAUUGUGCAAGAAGCUGAUGAUUCAAGUGAUGGCAACUAUGUAGAAAAUGCUACAACUCUUAUCCAAGCACCAUUGAACACUACAAUUGUUCAGAAUGUCACUAAGCUGCCACAAAAUUUCACAAUUAAUGUUGAUGCUGCUGUUGGCAACAUCACUACAAUACAAAACUUAUCCCAAGAUGUGUCAGGCGGCCAGACUCUCUGGCUGCCUACCAUUCUCGCAACCAGUGCUACAACUACAGAUAACAAAAUUGAAGAUGACAGAACACCAGCAGGCGUAUCACAGAUCAUAAUUACCAGCGAAAGUUACGUGAGUGACGCAAAUCCACUGGGUAGAAGAGCAAACCUCGUAACAGAGACAAAUUACGUCAAUCGACCGAAGACUUCUAAAGUGCAGAUUUUAAGUAACAUACCUCUCCCUAAGAACGCUAAUUAUGCACAGCCAUACCUGACCAAUGCUAAAGAGCUACCCUCACCAGUGUAUGGCACACAGAAUCAUGUUUACAAAUUAAGCACAAAUGUAGUUCCACAGAAGCACAUGAACAGCUCUGUGUUAUGCACGAAGCCACCGAAAAGCCAGUCGCUGAUCGGAUGCUCAAAUAUUUCGCCAACAGUGGUUAACAACAGUCCAAUAAAGAACGUAUCAUACAGUAAUACAUUUACGAAAACCACAAAUUUAAAUAAGACGCUAAGUAAAGUAAAUAACGGUGCUAAUCUGAACGCAAUGGUCGCGGCGUCGUCAGGUAACACGCAAUGCCAUAUACUGUCCCGCGUCGUGUCUGGACCUAACAAGAUGUCAGUACACUCGGGGAGAAAAUCUGUCAAUGCAUUUAAAAGCUCGAAAAGUUCGAACCAAGUGUCCAGUCAGAAGAAUCAGUCGAGAGCCAUUAAAAUAAUUCAACAGACUGGGUCGGCGCACAAAUCCGAAGGGAAAUCUUGGCCUGUCGCCGGUGUCGCUACAUACAAAAGUCAACAGCCAAUUUACGGUGUUGUGGACUCGAACACUUCGAAAAUCAUACAAAAAGUGGGCAGUCCUCCGCAUAAGCCGCAGCAAACUAUGCCUAUUUCAAAGUUUCCCGCCAAAGGCGAGCGACUGGUGCUACAGUCGCCGUGUGGGCCUGUAUUAAUUUCCACCGCUCCUAUAUCCACUAGUUUGCCGAAAGGGCCGCAUUACGUGCAGUCGGGAUCGACUCCUAACUUAAGAUAUGUCCAAACAUAUGGAACCACAGAGCAGCUUAGUUCAACAUCACAAGUAUCAGCUAAUCAGCAACUAACUGCACAGAUCUUGCAGUCUUUAUCACAACCUAAGUUGAUGUUCCAGGCGAGCCCAAAUACUAUCAAUCACACAUUACCACCUCAGCAACCCACAAUCAUUGAGGAGUUGGAAGUCAAACCCGUCAAUCAGAAAAGGAUAGUUUUUGGCGAUAAAACGACCCUGUUAACGGCAGACGAUAUAAUCGGUAUGGAGGAGAGGCCUAAUCUUUCAGAGGAAUUAAGGAGAUACACUUUCCAGGCCUUAGCGUUCGUCAUGCUGGAUCAUACUUACGCAUUGCCUGGGCAGAAACAGCCUGCUCCUGUGACGCCGCCCACGUCGGUAGCCACUGGGCCGCCGGCUAUAAUGUCGCCGACGCAAAUAACCUCACCGAUGAGUCCAGUCAAAAGAACGUCUCCAGUAAUAACGUCUACAGCGAGCUACGAGCUGCCUAUGACCGUCCCGACCAGCGUGGCCGGGACUCCCGUGCCGGUCACGUCUCUACAGAUGGGAGCUCUCACUUACAAGCCACAGCCGCCGCCGAUUCCAGAUGAUGACGCAGCUUCAGUGAUAUCUUCGCUGGACGGCGACAGGAGACAAGCUGCUAGAGGCGGCAGUGACACCGAGACUGCGCCCGAAGGGGAGGAAGAAGGGAAAACGCGAUGCAUUUGCGACUUUACUCAUGACGACGGUUAUAUGAUAUGCUGCGAUCGGUGCGGCGAGUGGCAACACGUAGACUGCAUGGGCAUCGACAGACUGAACAUACCAGACGCGUACAUGUGUGAACUGUGCCAACCGCGGUCCAUCGACCGACGUCACGCUCGUGCCAUUCAGUUACGAAAGAGAGAAGAGCUGAGUGCUUUAGGAGCAUCAGAUUCAGAUUCCUCUGAAAGUGGAAGAUUACCAGGACAAAGAAGGAAGCGGUUAUUGACUGUGACAACGUACACAGAUACUAGUGGUUCUUCAGUAACUACAUACAAUUCUGCCAUGCCCGUAUUGCCACCGGCGCCACAACCGUCACUGCCGCUACCCAAACGAGGUCCGAAGCGACCUAAGAAAGCGGAGGUUGUUCGAAAAGGUACUAAGAGAAAGCUUGCAGAGAAAAGGGUGAAACGAAAGAAGGAAAUGAUGAUGAACAGAAGCAAAUACAAUUCGAGUCUCACCAAUCAGUCGCAUUGGCAGGACUCUUAUGAACAGGCGAUGACGAACCACUACAGCCCAGAGCUGCGAGCCAAGAUAAUGAAGUACAGCAGCAAGCUGGGCAACACGCCCAACAUGGCGUCCGCCAUCACCGCGCAUUUAUGUACCACGGUGCCGCACGCCGGGGGCAAGAUACUUAUUGCGACGAAAGAUUUAAAAGAAAACACUCCUGUCAUUGAACUGAGAGGGAAAUAUAUGCUUUCAAACCAGCACCGGCCACAAUUACAGAAUUCAGCGCGAGCGGGGAGCCAGAAGCCCGGUCCGUUUGUGUUCUUUUAUCGACUACCAAAAGAUAAUACACAGAUUUGUAUCGACACAAGGACAUAUGGUAAUGAGGCGAGGUUUGUACGAAGGUCAUGCAAACCUAACGCAGAGCUUCAACACUGUAUAGUCAAAGGCGCUUUACACGUUUAUUUCGUAACUAUCGGUGUAAUACAAUCGAAUACUGAGAUCACAGUUGGACAUGAUAGCAAUGGCGCUAAGCAGCCAUGUGCUUGCGGGAAUCCUAAACAUUGCAAGGUGAAUGGUCUUACGUCACUUAUAACAAGAAAGAGCGUAGAUUACCCUCCGCGAGAGAAGAGAAGUAGGAAUCGUUGCUCGAGUUCAUCGUCGCCGGCGUCUCCACCGCCUGCGCCUGUCACGCCUAUAAAAGAGCAACCCAUACCAGUACCUGUAAUAAAAUCAGAAAAGAAAUCUCCCAUCAAACAUGAGAUUACACCCAUGUCUCCCGUAAAGAGUGCCGUCGUGGCGCUCACCUUCGAGGAGCCAAUGAAAGCUAUAAUAACCGAAAUCAAGUCAGAAAUAAAUUUGAUAGCGAAAGAGGAGAUGAAACCGGAAAUAGAUGAGCCAGAUUUUGUGAAGGCUGAGCCAGUCCCACCGCCACCGCCGCCGGCGCUGCCCGCGCCCCCUGUCGAAGAAAAGAUUGAGCCGAAAGUGGAACCUGUCAAAAUUGAGCCUGUUGAAACUCCGGAAGAAAUACCUCCUCCAGAAGAAAAAGUUAAAAACGAGGAGAAAGAUGUUAAAGUUGAGGAGCCGGUCUUCUCUGAUGAUGAAAAACAUGAGAAAGUUGAGCCGAUCGAGGAGAAGAAGCCGAAAGAAAAAGUAGAAGAGCCGAAAGUGGAGGAUGAGAGGCCGGCGACGAGAGAGUACGUCGCCAAGUCGGCCUGCCACGACCGCUCCGCGCGGACCAGCCGACAGGCGAUAGUCAACCAGGACUCCUUGGAUGACAAAACUGACGAUUCCCAAGAUAAACUUCCAACUAAUACAAAGGAGAAGAAGAAAAUGACACGAGAGGAGCGCAAAAUGGAAGCGAUUAUGAAGGCGUUCGAGCGAAUGGAGAAGGCUGAACAGCGGAAACAAGAGGUUAAGGAAAGGCAAAAGCGGAGAGAAUCGGACCCUCACCCACACGCAGCAGACAAAGAUGAUGAUGACGAUCACUGCACGUCGAAAAAGAGGAAAAAACGCAAGGGCCGCGCGCGCACGACGUCUCAAUCCAACCGGCGGCGGCUGAACUCUGCCGACAGCGACAUGGUGACGUCAGGAGACGAGGCCCCGCCCCCGCGCACCCCUGCCAGGCGAAACAGCUCGCUGCAACCCCCGCCUGAGGAGGACCACCGACCCGAUAACAGGGUCUCUGAGGACCUCGGCCUCAGCUCUGCGUGUUUACUAGUCGAAGCGGCUGUCGGCUCUGUCGAGUCUGCGUUCAAACUGCCCAAAACGAAAAAGACGAUCGCUACGGAAUGGAUAGGCCGGUCCCCAGAGCGCACGCCAUCGCCUUACAGAUCACCAUACAGACCGUCUCUUGUAUCUGCUCCAUCGUUGGAGAGCCUUGUAAGAGUAGCUUCGACGAUGAUCGGCGACCUCAGCGGGCACGACAUGGAAGACGACAUGACCCAGGCCUCGCCGCCUAGGACGCCCGGCCGCGACCGGAGUAGACCGCCGAAAAAGGCAAAAAGGAUCACCAGAAACACGCCCCCUGCAGAGGUCGCUGAAGUAGUCACCCCAGUUAUACCACAACACAGCGCCAAGAAACGGUGGCUCAGGCAAGCUAUCAGCGAGGAAAGCGACUCUCCCACUGCUGACGCGUUUGUUUCAGAAUCUCCGCCCAACGAAAUGGUAACGCCUUUGAAGAAGAGGAGAUUAGCACGGGAAUCUUUAUCCUGUGAACAGAAUACUAUUGUGCCUUGUAAUGACGAUACUUCGCCCGUUUUAACGUCUGAAGAUUCUCCGGUCAAAGACGACGGGCUAACGGGCAACCGGCAAUACAAAGUGAGGAAUAUCAUGGACAGUAUUUACGGCAGAGACCGGACGCGGUCCGACAGCGGGCAGGGCUCCGACGACCAGUGUAACAUCGACCACGACGUCCUCAACGUCAACAUCAAAGGUCCUCACGACAGCGAGCACAUUAGAAGGAUAAUAGGAGUGCCCACGCCCGAAGAUGAGAUGCCGCCAGAACUGCCCAAACCGGAGGAUUUUAAAACCAACAACAACAAUCUCGAGGACGAGACGGGCUACAACAAAGUGGUCCCGAUGGAGAUAGACAACACGACGAUACCGCAGCCCAAGAUCGAGUCCAACGAGAAUAGCAACAGCGAAAUGAAAGGCAUCGAGAGCCCGAACGAGAAGCUGAACAGCUGCCAGUCCGCCGACACAAGCGGGAACUCGUCGCCGCAACGCGACGAGAUGGACGACAUACAGAAGAAAAUACACUCGUUUCACACGGAAAACAUACUAAUACUCAAGAGCAGAAAUAAGAAGCCUCCAAAAGAAAAGCGGAAGAAAGUGAACUUGAAUUUCGAUCUCAAUAUGGUGGAUGACCAAAUCAGUAUUCAGUUGCGGACGGACGACACGAACAGUGGGUGUUCGGAGGUGAACGGGGAGGGGGGCGAGGACGGGGUGGAAGAUAGCAAGUUGCUGGUGGCGCCGGAGAAUAUUCCGCUGCCACCUGUGGAGUCGAUCCCGCUGCCGGCGCCCGAGAAUAUCCCGCUGCCGGAGGAGCCGAGCCCCAUGCCGCUGCUGCCGCCGCCCGAGGCCAUCCCGCUGCCGCAGGAGCCCCCGGCGCCGCCCGAGCGCGCCGACGACAAGCCCUUCACGCUGGAGCGGCCCUCCGUGCUGGACACCUCCACCGUGCCCUUCUCGUCGCGCUUCAGCUCCACCGGCCUCUUCUCCGGCAUAUUCAGCAACAUGUCGCAAUCCUUCACCAUCGACACCUCCAUCAACGAGAACGUGCCCAACAUGUCGAUAAUAAAGAGUGCGAUAGACAGGACUACAAGUUUAGAGAAUAGUUUGUUCGAUAAGGACAGUAUUACGCCAGCGGACGAACUGAAAAGUGUUCAAGAGAUUUUGACUAGGGUGAACAAUAUGGACUCUAAUAACAGUGUGUUGCUGUCGGGGGUGUUGAAGAGUUCUAACAAGAGCUUGCUGCCGACGGCGCCUGCAGUCGCGGCGGCGGGCAGCAAGCCCUACGGCGCGCGGACCAACGACCCGCGGCUGCACCCGCCGCCCGCAGAGAAGCCCAAACCCGUCAGAAGGAAGCUCUCUAUAACGGAGUACCGGAAGCGCCACAAGGGGCCAGCGCAAGCGGACGAGGCGUCGCAACCACCGCACGAGGCCUCGGAGGUGGGCCCCGAGUGGUCCUCGGAGUCGUCGGGCGCCGGCUCCCUGUCCCCGCAGCGCCUCGACGCCGCCGCCGCCGCCGCCGUCGACGACCUCGAACAACGCCUACACAGGGAACUAUCCGCCUCGCACACGCCCAAAGGUGAGCCAGGCGUGUUCGACGCGCAGCCGACGGCGUCUGAGCGGCAGCGCGAGAAGCUAAGCUCGCGCCUGCGCAGAGAAUUCGGGCUCGCGCUCCCUGACGACGAGGAAGCGCGCCCGCCCGCUGACGCCGCCGAGGGCGGGGGUGCGGCGAAGCGUUGCGACAGGUAGAGGCGGGCCUCCGUCUAAAUAAAGACGUAUUUUUGUAAAUCUCACGGCGCCGCGCCGGCGUCGCCUGUAAUAUAAUAAUUAAUAUAACUUUUAUAUCAACUCGCGUAGGAGCGCGCUCGCGCAAAAUUGUAUAUUUCCGUUUCACUUCUACGUUUAAUUUUUCACGGUUUUCUGCAAGUACAAAUUGUUUUUAUUUCCCUCUGUACAUAAUGUAUAUAGGAGAGUUUUAAGAUAAGGUAGGGAACCUACUCGGUACGUAUGUAUGUAUAAUGGUAUAAAAGAUUUUUUAUAUAUGUACAAUGUUUAUGUAUCUUAUUGAUAUGUUUUAUUUAUUAUCGAUGUAUUGAUAGUGGCGUCUAGGAACGAUGGCUAGGGUUUUGUACGCAUAAUGUUUAAGUAAAUUAUAGUUGUUUUUAUUAUUUGUUUUACAUUUUGUAGCGUAUAUAGGGGGUCUGCUGACUCGUCCUAGGUAUCUAGGUCUCUUGUUAGUGUUAGACGUUUGAACUAUAAGAAUUUAGAGAUGUGUCGAUACAGAUUCGCAUUAGCCAUUUUAGAGGUUAAAUCUGUGUUAUGAUUUAAGUGAGCGCAUGUUGUUUAUGCAGUGUUGUCUUUGGUCCACAUGACGAGCCGGUUGGCAGCUGGGUUGAGUACGGGCGGCUCGCGGCUCGGUACACACACGCACACACACAUACACACACACACACACACACACACACGAGAGUACAUACAUAAACACACUAUUUAUAUUCGCUGCAUAACUGCAACAAUAGCAGCGGGCGCUGCGUUGGCAUCGAUCCAAAUAUCACCAUAUUAUUUGGAUCCGCCGCGCAGUGCCGAGCCGCGAGCCGACACCGACAUAUACUUACAAACACCGAAUUAGUGUUAAUAUUAAUUUCCUUAAAGUUACUCUGUCUGGGAUGUUCGUCUGUAUAUCGAUUUCGUCCAUAACAACAGAGUUGAUCUCAACGACCGAUGUUUCUAAAUUUUGGUCUAAUCUGUAACGCAGUGGCGCACCCGCGUUGUAUAUUGUCAUCGAGCGAAUAUAAUUAUUAUUUGAAUUUUUCUCUCUCUAUUUAAGAGCUGCGCUCUUGUCGGUGGAGUAAUCGCCUCUAUUUGAAUUGUUAUUCUACUUAAAUAAAUUACUAGUGUUGCUCGCAAACGAUAUUUGAUUGAUAGUCUAUCAAGUAUAAUGAUGGGACAAAAUCUCCUUUACUGUUGAAUUAUUAAAAAAAUGUAACAUUGAAAAAAACAUUAUUAGUAAUAUACUACACUAAUAAAAUAGCCAAUAAUAUCAAUAGUGUUACUAAAAACCUUGUGAUUGUUUGCAAACAUACAAUAAUCAAUAGUACGGAUGUUUUUGGUUGCAAGUCUUCGAUCAUAUACCUGUGUGAUCAUUUAAUGAUCGAAGUUGCUAGAAGUAUCGGAUUUUGAGCAACACCAAAAACUAAUUUCUGCGUAUCUUGUGGAGGUCGCAGUGAUUUUUUUUAAAACCUUUUCAGUAUUUUAAGUCGGUCGUUUGAAGCGCUCAACAGCAUUCUGAUGCAUCGAAUCAGUGUCUUCUCUAAUCGUGUACAUAGUCGCCCAAAACCCAGUGAUUGACUAGUAAAGUAACGUACUUGCAAAAUAUUCUGUUCGUUAUAGUCUAUAUGAUAUAGUUUAUAAUCACCAAGUAAGCGGAGCUCUAAUCCUUGGUGAUAGAGUAGAAUCAGGAACUGGGGGGUUAAAAUGGCCACAUGGAAGCAAUUCAUCUAAGAAAGCAAUAUUUCAAUUUGACAUUUGCAAACAACUGUCAAAUAGCAAUAUUAAGCAAUAUUCUUAGAUGAAUUGCUUCGAUGUGGCCAUUUUAACCCCCCAGUUAUGUUGUGGUAGAGACCCAUAGUGUAGUGAUCUUCUUUGUGUUCAAUUGUUGCAAUAUCAAUGUCCUUUGUUAAAGAUUGUUUUUCACAAAAGCCUUAAUCGAUAAAAUAGACAAACCCAGUGUCAACUCCAUCCCAAAUGUUGCUCAAAGUUGAUGUAUUUGAUGUCUGCAGAGUAAAUUUGUAGAUGGAUUGUAGCGAAAUUUUCAGUGAGGAUGUAUGUCCUUAGUCUUAUGUACAGGCUUUUAUGUAUAGCUAAAUAUUGUGCCGCCUGUGUAACUUACAUCGAGAGGUGUCCGGCUGAGCCGCGAAGUCUCAUUUAUUAUUACGUAUUUUGUAAGGAAUCAUUAAAAUGAUGAUAUCGGACUAGGGAGCGCCCGCAGUCUCGCAGAGCCAUACGCACCGUACUUGCUGGUGAUUAACCACUGAAACUGAUUGCUAGUUCUGUAACUAUAGUAGUUAAUGCAUUGCUAGAAUGUACCAAGAUGUAGUAGACAUAGAUCAUUCACAGUUUGAAACACAGUAGUGCUAUUUUUAAGUAACAUGUACACAACUUGGAGUGUUGAUUUCUUAAAGAUUUUUUUAUAUUUAUUAUUUGCUCACAACAUGUAGACGGCCUGUGUAUGUGCAGUUCCCCUGGUUAGUCGCCACGGAUGUUUUAUCCAUAAAAUCAAUACCUAGCUACUUAUUGAAUUGCAAUUUAAUGUUUUAUGCAUAAUCAUAGUAAAAACUUAGAUGUUAGUCAACGUGUUGCAAUAAUUUUUGCCUAAAGGCAGUGAAUAGGAAAUAGAUAAUUACACACAGAAUGGUUUUAACUGCUUCUAUUUUAUUCAUAAUUUUUUAUUAUAUUUUUGUAUUGUAAAAAGAGUUUUUUAUAAUAAAUCAAUUAGAUUAAUGAUGAAGUCGAAGAACGCCAGUCUCGAGUGAUAACGUCAUUUGUCUAAGAUGAAAUUGACAUGUAAAUAUUUUGAUCUGGUUGUUUCAUAGAAUACUUGCUUGUCGUCUGGGUGUUAAAGUGUGUUUUGCUGUGACCGUAAGCAGUUCGUACACUCGGCCACCGCUUUUCAAAUUAGAAUUCUUAUUCAGUCGAUGUAUUGUAUUGGAUAUAUCGUAACGAUUAUGGUUUAUUGUCACGUGUCUAUCGUCGGGGUCACUGCCGCCGGGUGUAAUUCAGACUUAACUGCAACCGGCUGUAGUACAGAGUUUUUUUGGCAGCGGCGACGUGAGUAGAUACAAUGCGAGAAUCCAAUACUCAGCAGUAUAUUAUGCCUUGACGUUUCACUCGUACACCGCCUACAAUGUUGCGUUUCAAGUGUUACAGGGCGACCUCAGUAAAAUAGGUUAUAUAUUACAGAUAUAUAGAGCAAUUACAAUAGCGUAGCGCAGUUGGUCGCGGCAUAAUGCGUUUAACUUUACAUGUUUCUGUAGCAUAUUAGAGAAAUCUUUGUGAUAAAUCUUCUUAAUAAUAUCAUUCGGUAGAAAAGCGAUGUGUGUAUAUAUUAUAAUUAAUUAAUAAGUAAAGGCUAUAUUUUGUUAUGGUGAACUUAAGCGGCCACCUGUUUGCCAUAUGAUCCUAGUUUGGUAACUUCCUCUUGUGAUUGCACCCACCUUCGUCUGUCCCCUCCCAAUUUGGUUUGUAAGGUAUUUCGAUGUAACAAUGGAAUAUUUUGCAAUAUUAUAUAAUUUUUUAUCGCUAAGUGGAUCAUAAAAUAGAGCUGUAUAUUAUCCAGAUGUUAAAUAUUAUUAUUUCUUUCUUAAUGUUUGAACUAAGCAUGUAAAAUUUAAAAUAAUAAUAUAGAAUAAAAGAUGUUAUGAUAAUUAAUUACAUAAAA